CCGGCGCCGCUCGAGCCGCAGCCCUUUCCGGGGGGCGGGCCUGGCGGCUGCGGCGACACCCCAACUCCUGCCCCGACAGGUGCGCGCAGCGCGCAGGAAUGCGGCCCGCCUGACUCACCAGCGCCUCCUUCCUACCUGCGCCGCCGCCCGUCCAUAAAGCGCUGCUGGCUCCCGCCCGCCGCCGCCCGCCCAGCUGCCCCGCCGGGCUCGCCCGCGCGCUCAGCUUGAUCCAGCGCAGCCCAGGCCCGAGGCUGUCCCACCAAGGAGGAGAAGGAUGGCAGGGCCACGCUGCAGCCCGUGGGUGAAGCUGCUGCUGGCAGCAAUGCUGAGUGUCAGCCUCCCUGGAAACAUGGCCAACCGCUGCAAGAAGGCUCAGGUGAAGACCUGUACAGAGUGCAUCCGUGUGGACAAGAGCUGUGCCUACUGCACAGAUGAGCUGUUCAAGGAGCGGAGAUGCAACACUCAGGCGGAGCUUCUGGCCGCAGGCUGCCGGGGAGAGAGUGUGCUGGUCAUGGAGAGCAGUCUUGACAUCACAGAGAACACCCAGAUUGACACCACCCUGCACCGCAGCCAGGUGUCUCCCCAAGGCCUGCAAAUCCGGCUGCGGCCAGGUGAAGAGCGAAGCUUCGUGUUCAAGGUGUUUGAGCCUCUGGAGAGCCCUGUGGAUCUGUACAUCCUCAUGGACUUCUCCAACUCCAUGUCUGAUGAUCUGGACAACCUCAAGCAGAUGGGCCAGAACCUGGCCAAGAUCCUGCGCCAGCUCACCAGUGACUACACGAUUGGGUUUGGAAAGUUUGUGGACAAAGUCAGUGUCCCUCAGACAGACAUGAGGCCCGAGAAGCUGAAGGAGCCCUGGCCCAACAGUGACCCCCCGUUCUCCUUCAAGAAUGUCAUCAGCUUGACGGAGAACGUGGAAGAAUUCUGGGACAAACUGCAGGGAGAGAGGAUCUCAGGCAACCUGGACGCUCCUGAAGGGGGCUUUGAUGCCAUCCUGCAGACAGCUGUGUGCACAAGGGACAUCGGCUGGAGGGCUGACAGCACGCACCUGCUGGUGUUCUCCACCGAAUCCGCCUUCCACUAUGAGGCUGAUGGUGCCAACGUGCUGGCCGGCAUCAUGAACCGCAAUGAUGAGAAGUGCCACCUGGAUGCCAUGGGCACCUACACCCAGUACAAGAUACAGGACUACCCAUCUGUGCCCACACUGGUGCGCCUGCUUGCCAAGCACAACAUUAUCCCCAUCUUUGCCGUCACCAACUACUCUUACAGCUACUAUGAGAAGCUCCAUAAAUACUUCCCGGUCUCCUCUCUGGGAGUGCUGCAGGAGGAUUCGUCCAACAUCGUGGAGCUGCUGGAGGAGGCCUUCUACCGGAUUCGCUCCAACCUGGAUAUCCGGGCUCUGGACAGCCCACGAGCCGUGAGGACAGAGGUCACCUCCGAUACGCUCCAGAAGACAGAGACCGGGUCCUUUCACAUCAAGCGGGGAGAAGUGGGCACGUACAAUGUGCAGCUUCGGGCAGUGGAGGACAUAGAUGGGACACACGUGUGCCAGCUUGCAGAAGAAGACCAAAGAGGCAACAUCCACCUAAAACCCUCCUUCUCCGAUGGCCUCCGGAUGGAUGUGAGCGUCAUCUGUGACGUGUGCGCCUGUGAGCUGCAAAAGGAAGAACAGUCAGCUCGCUGCCACUACAGAGGUGACUUCAUGUGCGGACACUGUGUGUGCAAUGAGGGCUGGAGUGGCAAAACCUGCAACUGCUCCACGGGCUCUCUGAGCGACACGCAGCCCUGCCUCCGUGAGGGUGAGGACAAGCCGUGUUCCGGCCGCGGCGAGUGCCAGUGUGGACGUUGUGUGUGCUACGGUGAAGGCCGCUACGAGGGUCAUUUCUGCGAGUACGACAACUUCCAGUGCCCCCGAACCUCUGGAUUCCUGUGCAACGAUCGGGGACGCUGCUCCAUGGGACAGUGUGUGUGUGAGCCUGGUUGGACAGGCCGAAGCUGUGACUGUCCCCUCAGCAAUGCCACCUGCAUCGACAGCAACGGGGGCAUCUGCAAUGGACGAGGCUACUGUGAGUGUGGCCGCUGUCACUGCAGCCAGCAGUCACUCUACACGGACACCACCUGUGAGAUCAACUACUCUGCAAUACGCCUGGGCCUCUGUGAGGACCUGCGCUCCUGUGUGCAGUGCCAGGCCUGGGGCACUGGGGAGAAGAAAGGGCGCACGUGCGAGGAGUGCAGCUUCAAAGUCAAGAUGGUAGAUGAGCUUAAGAAAGCGGAAGAGGUGGUGGAGUACUGCUCCUUCCGGGACGAGGAUGACGACUGCACCUACAGCUACACCGUGGAGGGCGAUGGCAGCCCUGGGCCCAACAGCACCGUGCUGGUCCACAGGAAGAAGGACUGCCCUCCGGGCUCCUUCUGGUGGCUCAUCCCCCUGCUCAUCUUCCUCCUGCUGCUCCUGGCGCUGCUUCUGCUGCUCUGUUGGAAAUACUGCGCCUGCUGCAAAGCCUGCCUGGGGCUUCUCCCUUGCUGCAACCGAGGUCACAUGGUGGGCUUUAAGGAAGACCACUACCUGCUUCGGGAGAAUCUGAUGGCCUCCGACCACCUGGACACGCCCAUGCUGCGCAGUGGGAACCUCAAGGGCCGAGACACGGUCCGCUGGAAGAUCACCAAUAAUGUGCAGCGACCUGGCUUUGCCGCCCAUGCCUCCAGCACCAGCCCCUCAGAGCUUGUACCCUACGGGCUGUCCCUGCGCCUUGGCCGCCUCUGCACUGAGAACCUCAUGAAGCCUGGCACCCGAGAAUGUGAUCAGCUGCGCCAGGAGGUGGAGGAGAAUCUGAAUGAGGUGUACAGACAGGUCAACGGUGCACACAAGCUCCAGCAGACAAAGUUCCGACAGCAGCCCAAUGCUGGGAAAAAGCAAGACCAUACCAUUGUGGACACGGUGCUGCUGGCGCCACGCUCAGCCAAGCAGACACUAUUGAAGCUGACAGAGAAGCAAGUGGAGCAGGGCUCCUUCCAUGAACUCAAGGUGGCCCCUGGCUACUACACCCUCACUGCGGAGCAGGAUGCCCGGGGCAUGGUGGAGUUCCAGGAAGGUGUAGAGCUGGUGGACGUGCGAGUGCCACUCUUCAUCCGCCCUGAGGAUGACGACGAAAAGCAGCUGCUGGUGGAGGCCAUCGAUGUUCCCGUGGGCACUGCCACCCUUGGGCGCCGCCUGGUGAACAUCACCAUCAUCAAGGAACAAGCCAGCGGCGUGGUGUCCUUUGAGCAGCCUGAGUACUCGGUGAGCCGUGGAGAGCAGGUGGCCCGUAUCCCCGUCGUCCGGCGCAUCCUGGAUAAUGGCAAGUCCCAGGUUUCCUACAGCACACAGGAUAACACAGCACACGGGCACCGGGACUAUGUCCCUUUGGAAGGCGAGCUGCUGUUCCAUCCCGGAGAGACCUGGAAGGAGCUGCAGGUGAAGCUCCUGGAGCUGAAGGAAGUCGACUCCCUACUGCGUGGCCGCCAGGUCCGCCGUUUCCACGUCCAGCUCAGCAACCCCAAGUACGGAGCCCGCCUGGGCCAGCCCAACAUGGCCACCGUCAUCCUCGGGGAUCAGGAUGAAACGGACAGGAGUCUCAUAAAUCAGACACUUUCAUCGCCACUGCCACCCCGCGGAGACCUGGGUGCCCCACAGAACCCCAAUGCCAAGGCUGCCGGGUCCAGGAAGAUCCAUUUCAACUGGCUGCCCCCUCCUGGCAAGCCAAUGGGGUACAGGGUGAAGUACUGGAUCCAGGGCGACUCUGAGUCUGAAGCCCACCUGCUCGACAGCAAGGUGCCCUCAGUGGAGCUCACCAACCUGUAUCCCUAUUGUGACUAUGAAAUGAAGGUGUGUGCCUACGGGGCACAGGGUGAGGGGCCCUAUAGUUCACUGGUGUCCUGUCGCACCCACCAGGAAGUACCCAGCGAGCCAGGGCGGCUGGCUUUCAAUGUUGUCUCUUCUACGGUGACCCAGCUGAGCUGGGCUGAGCCAGCUGAGACCAAUGGCGAGAUCACAGCCUAUGAGGUCUGCUACGGACUGGUCAAUGAGGACAACCGACCCAUUGGACCCAUGAAGAAGGUCCUUGUGGACAAUCCCAAGAACCGGAUGCUGCUCAUUGAGAAUCUGCGAGAAUCCCAGCCGUACCGGUAUACAGUGAAGGCACGAAACGGAGCGGGCUGGGGACCCGAGAGAGAGGCUAUCAUCAACCUGGCCACACAGCCCAAGCGGCCCAUGUCCAUCCCCAUCAUCCCCGACAUCCCCAUUGUGGACGCCCAGGGCGGGGAGGACUACGAAAGCUUCCUCAUGUACAGCGACGAUGUUCUGCGAUCCCCGGCCAGCAGCCAGAGGCCCAGCGUUUCUGAUGACACCGGCUGCGGCUGGAAGUUCGAGCCCCUGCUCGGGGAGGAGCUGGACCUGCGGCGCGUCACGUGGCGGCUGCCCCCGGAGCUCAUCCCGCGCCUGUCCGCCAGCAGCGGGCGCUCCGACGACGACGGCGGCUUUGCUGGGGGCGCGGACGGGGAGGGCGGCGGCUGGAUCCGCGGGGCUACGCCCCGGCCCCCGGGAGAGCACCUGGUGAAUGGCCGAAUGGACUUUGCCUAUCCAGGCAGCGCCAACUCCCUCCACAGAAUGACCGCGGCCAACGCUGCCUACGGCACACAUCUGAGCCCACACCUGUCCCACCGGGUGCUGAGCACAUCCUCCACCCUCACGCGGGACUACCACUCUCUGACCCGCACGGAACACUCUCACUCAGGCACGCUUCCCAGGGACUACUCGACCCUCACUUCCCUGUCCUCCCAAGGCCUCCCUCCUAUCUGGGAAGAUAGGAGGAGCAGGCUUCCGCUGUCCUGGACCCUAGGGUCCUGGAGCCGGGCUCAGAUGAAGGGUGUCCCGGCAUCCAGGGGUUCGCCAGACUCAAUAAUCCUGGCCGGGCAGUCAGCAGCACCCUCCUGGGGUUGUACAGACUCGCGUGGGGCUGCGGGUGUACCCGACACACCCACCCGGCUGGUGUUCUCCGCCCUGGGGCCGACAUCCCUGAAAGUGAGCUGGCAGGAGCCACAGUGUGACAGAGUGCUGCUGGGUUACAGCGUGGAGUACCAACUGCUAACCGGCGGUGAGCUGUAUCGGCUCAACAUCCCUAAUCCUGGCCAAACCUCAGUGGUGGUGGAAGAUCUCCUGCCCAACCACUCCUAUGUGUUCCGAGUGCGGGCCCAGAGCCAGGAGGGCUGGGGCCGGGAGCGAGAGGGUGUCAUCACCAUUGAGUCCCAGGUGCACCCGCAGAGCCCUCUCUGUCCCCUGCCAGGCUCCGCCUUCACUUUGAGCACCCCGAGUGCCCCGGGCCCACUGGUGUUCACCGCCCUAAGCCCAGACUCGCUGCAGCUGAGCUGGGAGCGGCCACGGAGGCCCAACGGAGAUAUCCUUGGCUACUUGGUGACCUGUGAGAUGGCCCAAGGAGGAGGACCAGCUACGACGUUCCGGGUGGACGGAGACAACCUUGAGAGCAGGUUGACAGUACCUGGCCUCGGUGAGAACAUUCCUUACAAGUUCAAGGUGCAGGCGCGGACAACGGAGGGCUUCGGGCCUGAGCGCGAGGGCGUCAUCACCAUCGAGUCCCAGGAUGGAGGUCCCUUCCCACAGCUGGGCAGCCACUCUGGGCUUUUCCAGAACACGCUGCAAAGCGAGUACAGCAGCAGCACCACUACUGAGCCCUUCCUCAUGGACGGACUGACUGUGGGGACCCAGCGCCUGGAAGCAGGGGGCUCCCUCACCCGGCAUGUGACCCAAGAAUUUGUGAGCCGGACACUGACUGCUAGCGGAUCUCUCAGCACCCACAUGGACCAACAGUUCUUCCAAACCUGAGACCCAGGAACCUGGGGCUCUCCCCCGCCUUCUCUCCUAGCGCCUUCUUCCUCUGCUGUUCCACCCGCCUGCAUGCUGAAUGCUGCCCACGGAGCCGGCACCUCUAGCCAGACAGCAGGGGUAGGUGCCGGCGAGGAAGUAUGAAGUGGGUCGAGGUACCACAGGCCUUUCUGACUACAUCCUGCCCUGGCUCCAAACCUACUUGCAACCAAAGAACUGGAGCCAGCACAAGGACCCAGCCUUUGUUGUGCAUUUAAUAAAAGAUUUUGCUAUGCUUA